CCGGCCGGCGCGGCGGGAUUAGUCCGCGUGGACUCCGCGCUCGGCCCGGGGAUUACAGCGCGCUCCCCCCGACGUAUAUAUUCCUGCGGCGGUGGCCGUGGGGCCAGGCCAGCAUGGCUGCGGCGGGGGGCGCGGUGAGCCGCAGGGGCCCCGGGCGGCCCUGCCCCUUCUCCAUCGAGCACAUCCUUUCCAACCUGCCCGAGCGGAGCCCCCCGGCACGGGCCGCCCGCACCCCGCAGCCCGCCGGCCACCAGAGCCCCGCGGAAUCCGGAGAGCCCGGGGCGCCCGAGGCCGCGCCCUGCGCCUGCUGCUGCUGCUGCGGCCCCCGCGCCGCGCCCCGCAGGCCCUCGGAGCCGGCCUCCGGGCUGGGUGAGUGGGAGCAGGGCGCGGGCGCGGGCGCGGAGGUCCUCCGGGCGCGGGGCGGUCUGGGCGGAGCUCGGCCCCCGCUCCGCGCCUCACCGCGCCUUCACCCCGCAGGCGCGCGGCUGCCGUGGCCGCUGAGGCUGGGCCCCGCGGCGCCCUUGCCCUUGGCUGCGCCCACGGGAGGCCCGGGGGCGCUGCCCGGCACGGGCGGUCCCGGCCCGCAGCGGCGCACGCGGCGCCACCGCACCAUUUUCAGCGAGGAGCAGCUCCAGGCGCUGGAGGCGCUCUUCAUGCAGAAUCAGUACCCCGACGUGGGCACGCGCGAGCGCCUGGCCGGCCGCAUCCGCCUGCGCGAGGAACGCGUGGAGGUCUGGUUCAAGAACCGCCGGGCCAAGUGGCGACAUCAGAAGCGCGCGUCAGCGACCUCGAGGCUCCUCCCCGGAACCAAGAAGCCGGCAAAGGAGAGCUGCUGAUGGCUCUGGGAGCUACUCCCGGGCUUGGCCAGGUCCUUUGGGGCCGGCUCAGGGAGGGGACAGAUCGGCCCGAAAUGGUGCUGACAGAGGACACCUCUUCCCGCCUGCAGGCUUCCUGCAUCCUGCAGCUAGUGCUCAAGGCAGGAGCUUCUCUGCCAGACAGCAGAGAAGCUCCCGUGCCCACCCCCUGUGUCACCUGCCCCAGGAAAGGAGGGAACGCUGAGCAUCUCCAGGUGCUCUCCUUUCCAGCGACUAGGGUCGGGGAGAUUCCCCGGGAGCUGCAGCGGGGUGGGGGUGGGGGGUUGUUGGUUGCUGGGAGCAGGGCACAGAGCAGAUAAGCUUCCUCAACUCCCCACCAACUCCAGGACAGGAACCAUCCCCUUGUCAGGAGGGCCCAGAAUCCUCCUCUCCCUCCUGGGGUAUGCUGAUGUCCCGCCUCUUCUCAGCAUGGGCAUAGGUCUCUUGACAUGGCCAAGGGGGUGAAGGGGGUGUUCUGUGCAUUCUGGGGUUGUCAGCUCGCAUGUCCUGCACUGGGCCUUCCUGUCCAGAGCUAUAGGAUAAGGACAUUGGGUGAGGUCAUCUCCAGAAGCCCCCUACCCUGCCCCUUAAUUCUGUGAGCCUUGCCUGGAUACUGGGAAAUAAACAAGCAACUACAAACGGCA